AUGAAGAUUUCAGAAAGGCCUAGUGACACGGUCCGUCUCUCUGUAUUGGAACAUCUCCGUGUGGUUCACGGGAUAAAGCUGAAGAACUGUGGAAGGAAGAAAGAGAGAAGGUUUACAGGUGGUACCAAAGUGUUCGGCGUUCCACUGGAGAGUUUGCCGUUGUGUUACAUGCCUCCGUGUGGGCUGCUACCUUGCUUUCUAGUGGAUGCCUGUGAGCAUCUACUGGAACAUGCUGGCACUGAUGGCCUUUUCAGAAAAUCCGGCUCUGUUGUUCGUCUGAGGACCCUUAGGGCCAAACUAGACCAUGGGGAGGCCUGUCUAUCCACAGCCCUCCCCUGUGACGUGGCCAGCCUUUUGAAGCUGUUCUGCCGUGAGCUUCCAGACCCCCUGUUCCCCUCAGAACUCCACUCAGCCCUGCUGAAGGCCCAGCUAUUACCCACUUCGGAGGAGAGGGCCUUGGCCACCCAGCUGCUGUCCUGCCUACUGCCUGACAGGAACUUUGCCUUCCUCAGUUACUUCUUCCACUUCCUCUCAAAGGUCUCCCACAGGUGUGCAGAGAACCGGAUGACCAAUAGUAACCUGGCUGUGAUCUUUGCCCCGAGCCUGCUUCCCCCCAGCCACGGAACAGAGGGGAUGGACACACAUAUGAAACUCAAGGCUGUGGUCUAUACCUUCAUAGAGAAUGUCCAUUCAUUUGGUGAUAAUGGAGGGCAUCCCAGGUCAUGCUGA